CGCGCUCUGCCCGCAGGCUGCAAGGAAAACGGGCGUGGUAGUGCUGGUCCCGCCUUCACCAGCUGGCGGAGCCAAUCACUGCGGCUCUCCCUCACCUCGUGCCCGCUGUUGCACUGCAGCGUUGGCCUUUCUGGGGGUGGGCGGACCCGCAUGGUUCGCCGGCUCUCGCUCCCCCAGAGCUUGCGUGGGUUUUGGGGUGGGUGGAGGAAAGGGGCCUUAUGGCUUGCAACUCGGGAUGCGCAAGAGAAGCGCUGCCAGAGGGCUUAGGCCGAAUCGGGCCCCUGUACCAGGAACUGAGCCGCUUUCCAUCGAUAACGUAUGCCAGCGUCGGAGCCGAGGUUGCUGCCCGUUGUGGCGCCAAGUGCCUGCCCCUCUACACGGAGUGGUACCAACCAGACCUGGAGCGCCAUCAGCAGUUGCUGUUCAGUCGCCAAUAUAUCCUGCACAGUGAUGGUAGAGCAAUUGUCUCAGUUAUUCCUAUUGGUGUGCCAGCUGAGAUUCAUAAUCAGCUGCUGACUAGAAUGUCUCCUUCUGGGAAGUAUAAAGCUAUUCUCACCUGUUACUUGGAAAUGGGGCAAAAACAGGAGGUCCUGGAGGUUUGGAGCAACAGUGGGAGGGUAAGAAAUGUCAAUCUCACAGCGCUGGAUAAACAUGGCAAAGUGUACACAGAUGAGCCGUUCCGAUGCUUUGCCUGGUCCAGCUCAGAAACUCAGAUUGUGUAUGUUGCAGAGAGAAGGCACUCUCCAAAACAACCAUUUUUCACUCAAGAGGGGUUCACUGUAGAAGAGAAGGAUGAGCGGUUUGUGUACCACGACAACUGGGGAGAGGCACUGGGGGACAAAAGUGUCCCUGUAUUAUGUGUGCUGAAUGUUGAAACCAGUGAAGUUUCAGUGCUGGAAGACUUUCCAGGGCACAUCUCCCCUGGGCAGGCCCUGUGGUCCCCGGGUGACAAGGGAAUAAUAUUUGUGGGCUGGUGGCAUGAGCCAUUCAGAUUGGGAUUGCAUGCCUGCUCCAAUAGACGGUCAGCUCUGUUUCUCUUCGAUCUCUCUGAAAAUAGCUGUGAGCUACUGACCUCAGAUUACCAGGCUGUCUCCUCUCCCCGGCUCAGCCCUAACCAAACUCACCUGCUGUACUUGGAGGGGCCAGUGUUUGGGUCUCAUCACCAGUGCUUGAAGCUACAGUUGCUCAACUGGCAAACAAAGUUCUCAUAUACAGUGGUGGACACAGUCAGAACUACCACAGCUGGUUUUUGUGGGAUUUACUCAGGAGCACUGUCCAUGCAUUGCUGGGCCUCUGAUAACCAAAGAGUCUUACUUAGCACUCCUCAGAGGAGUAGGAAGGAGCUGUUGGUUGUGGAUACCAAAUCAGGAAGUGUGAAAUCUAUUACCUCAGGCACAUCAGAAGGUAGCUGGACUCUACUAGGAGUUCAGCAGGACCUGCUAGUGGUGAGCUGUUCAUCUCCCAAUUGCCCUCCAAGUCUGAAGGUGGGUGUGCUUCCCCCGGCAGGGAGUGAGCUGGAGCUACAGUGGAUCAGUGUGGAAGAAUCUUCUGUACUACCUGACAUGGAAUGGAAAAUCCUCACAGUGCAUCCUGCUUUGUCUGAGGAGGGCAGCCCAUACACCGCCCAGUCAUUUGAAGCCCUCUUGCUGAUUCCCCAAGGAAACAAACAAGGAGAAAAGGCCUUUCCCCUUACUGUUUCUCCACACGGUGGCCCACAUUCAGUUUUUGAUGCUUGCUGGCGUCCAACUGUGGCAUGUCUCUGCCAGCUGGGUUUUGCUGUGCUCAUGGCAGUGAAUUACAGGGGUUCCUUGGGUUUUGGCCAGGACAGCAUUGACUCACUGAUCUCUCAAGUUGGAGUCCAAGAUGUGGAGGACACUCAGCUGGCAGUAGAAGUGGCGCUACAGAUGGAGUCUUUGGAUCCCAAUAGAGUUGCCUUGUUGGGAGGCUCUCACGGUGGCUUUAUCUGUUGCCAUUUGAUUGGUCGGUAUCCAGAGAUGUACAAAGCCUGUGCAGUCAGAAGUGCUGUCACCAACAUGGCCACUCUGCUGGGGACCUCUGAUAUUCCUGACUGGCGAUACGCAUCUCUAGAUCUACCAUACUCCUAUGAGCGGAUUCCUACAGAAGGAGAUCUGGCCGCCAUGUUGCUCUGCUCCCCCAUAAUUCACGCUGCAAAGGUACAAACACCACUGCUGCUAUGUGUUGGUGCAAAGGACCGGCGAGUGUCUCCAUACCAAGCUUUGGAAUAUUACCGUGUGUUGAAAGCUAGAGGAAUCCCCGUGCGAUUGAUGUGGUAUCCAGAAGGAAAUCAUGCCAUAAGUGGAGUAGUAGCUGAAGCAGAUGUCUUUAUGAAUUGUGCCCAGUGGAUCAUACAUUACCUUUCCACAAAAGUAGAUUGAAAGUCAACGGCCAACUAAGUAAGAAGACAUCUAGGUUGCUGAGAAGCAAACUGUGUUCAUAUAUCUCCAAUUGCACUACUGUGGCCUUCAUAAUGUGUCAGGAGUUCCUUCUUCCCCACCUCAAUAUGCAAAGGGGAGGAUGUGGAAUCAAGAGAAAGAGGAACUAGAAGAGAGGAUCCUACGUGAGUGAGCAGGCCAGCUGGGACCCUGAACAAGAGCACUCCACAUGGUGCCCCAUUUGUUGUAGACUCGUUUGAUACUUCUCUAGACAGCAUUAUAAUGACCGGUCAAGCAUUAGGGCUUUGCUUGCACAUAGGGUGUGCACGCAGCACCUUCAAGCAGCCUCAUUUUUUUCUUGGGCUCACCUGCCAGGCAGUCCUGAGAAAAGAUUUGAUCUUUCCUAUUUUGUUCCUGAAUCAAAAUAUUUGCACGUUCUGUAUCUUCAGCUUCUGUAAUGAUAAUCAGCCUGUUUUUAGUUAAAGUAAUGAUGAAUUUACUGAUGUAUAGGCCUCAUAUCUCCAUAGUUGCACUGUAACUGGUUGUAUUGCCAGAUGCAAAAAGCUCUUCUUUGGGGAGUGGGGCUAUUAGAGGAUAAAUUGCUGGGUCUACCUCUUUAAGCUCCAAAGAAAAGGCGGGAUAUAAAGGUAACAAUAGCCUUCCCUGUUUAUCUAUACAUCUGUUUGGCUUAUCCAUAACUAGUAUAAGACUUACAUCGUGAAUAUUCAAUAAACCUUGUGCCACAGCAU